CUGUGUCUGUGUGUUAAGACAGGGAGGGUGCAGGAGGAGAAGGACCUCGGUGUACGUUUGGUUUCCGGCAAACCUCAUGUACCUUUUGAAAGUUCCUGCGGACAAGAUUUUACCUGCCUGUUUGUUAUUUCUGUUUUUGUUCUUAUGUGGGGGAUCUUGGCACACUGUUCUCAUUCUGGAGCAGAUUUAAUUAAGAUCUCACCGGGGACUAACAUACACAUUGGUUCUUCCCCACGUCCGUCUCGCCACAUUCCUACCCCAUGAAUACCUAAUACAUAGAGAGACAAACACUGUUCUAAAAUACUGGCAGCCCAGAGGCAGCAGCUCUUUGCCAUCGUCUUCAGCGAGUGGAGAAGCAAAUGACCUUCUCCCCCGUCUGCUUCUUGCUGUUCAGCCAGCGUCUCCUGGACACAAGGCUUACUGGAGAACUCAGAGUCGGAAGGGGCAUAUUCUGGCUACAGAAGGAGACCGCGGACCACGUUCAGGAGUGAAGGCAUGAUUUUGGGUAGUAUUAACCAUGCAGGCUCCAUCCCAGCAUUGCUGCAGACCCCCACUGUCAUCCAGCCCCAUGUGGAGAUAAAGCCCUUCCUGCAGAUCCCCAUGGAAGCCCCGCCACCCAGUCCCAGCCUCAGGCUCUUCCACAACUUCAGCAUGAUGGACCCUGUGCAGAAGGCUGUAAUGAGCCACACUUUUGGAGUGCCAUUGAUGAAGGCCAAGCGACCGGUCAUCUCCUGCAAUGUCUGCCAGAUCCGCUUCAACUCAGAGAGCCAAGCAGAGGCCCAUUACAAGGGAAACCGGCAUGCGAGGCGAGUCAAGGGCAUAGAGACGUCUAAAAGCCGACCCCAGGAGACCAGCAAGACCCCCCCGGCUCCUGUCACCUCCCCAUCUCCAUCAGGGGCCCUGCCUGCGGCCCCUGACAGUCUGUGUCCCACCUCAGGUACGAAACACAAAACCAUCCUGGAGGCUCGGAGUGGCUUAGGCCCCAUCAAGGCGUACCCUCGGCUGGGCCCUAAGCCAAUCAGUGAGCAGGGAGGGACAGUGACUGACCCCAAUACUCAGGAACGCACUUUCCACUGUGAGAUCUGCAAUGUGAGGGUCAACUCAGAGCUGCAGCUCAAACAGCACAUAUCAAGCAGGCGGCACCGGGACGGGGUCGCUGGGAAGCCCAACCCCCUCCUCAGUCGUCACAAAAAACACAGGGUUGCAGACCUCACGACCUCCCUGUCCUUCUCUAAGGAUCUCACCAAAGCUUUGGGGGCUGCCCUUCUGCCCAAUCCCCUGGCUCUUGCUGCAGCGAUGGCAGCCGCUGCCUCCUCCAAUCCCCUGGCACUCCGGGCUGCAGGCCCCGCCCAUCAUCUCCACCAUCAUCUGCUGCAGGCCCCGCCCCUCAGCCAUGCCGUCCUCCGACCCGCUCCGGGGCCCAUUCGCACAUCCCAUGGGCCAAUUCUCUUUUCUCCUUACUGACAUGUAAACAAAACACACUCAGUCCCCAUUCCUAGCUUGACCACCUCCAAAAGCACACUGUGAAAAUCUGAAGCAAUGAAAAGAGCAUCUCCUUUAAACAUAUCCAACUGGGGGAAAAGAGAACAAAGAACAGAUGCCAGCAAAAUGGUGAUGCAUCCCCCUCUGUCCCUUUUCCUGAACCUGUAUACACUCUGAAAGACUCUCUGAGUGAUGGACUGCCAGCUCGAGUUUAUGCUGGAUGGAAUUGACAUUCCUCCCUGUAAAACAUUCUUUCCUGCCUUUCCACUCCCAUUACACACUGUGACAUGAUUAAAGUUGCAUAUACUACAGACUGAUCAGGAUACCAAAUGUGUACCUUUUCCAGCAUACAAGCAAGACUGCAGUUUGCUCUGUACUGUAUUCACACCUUUAUGUUAGUAGCAUUUACCAUAGUAAACUUGUGUCUUUGCAACCCUGGCGACCCAAAAAGCCAGAGACCAGAUAGACAAUAGAAAGCCUUUGUCCCAUCAAUACUAUCUUCUUACUUGGAACCCUGUAAAACAUUCUGAUGUCCGCAGACUGGUUUACAUCAUACAAAAAUGGGAAGGUGGGGGAGAAUCCAUCUAACCCCCCAGUACCAGUCUGCAGACCAGUACCUACAGUAAAACACUCACAAUGUAAACUGUGUGCAGAAUUAUUAGGCUACUCCUAAGUAAGUACUACUCCUGGAUUUUUUAUUUUUUUUUGCGAAAGACUUAUAAAAGUGAAUUCAGGAAUUUUCUUUUGGUCCAAGCAAAUUUAUGUAGAAGGAAAAUGUUACAUUAGUCUACCACAAAAAAAAUAAAAGAGAAACACUUGA